CACUAGAGUUUCAAAUGAAUUGGGAGCUGGGAAUCCACAAGGGGCUCGUGUAGCUGUAUUUGCCGUGAUAUUACUUGCCGUCGCAGAGACUACAGUAGUGAGUGCAACCCUGUUUGCCUGUAGGCGCAUCUUUGGCUACACCUUCAGCAACGAGAAAGAAGUCGUGGAUUAUGUCACGGCCAUGGCUCCUCUGGUUUGCUUAUCGGUUAUCAUGGAUAGCAUACAAGGAGUCCUCUCAGGUGUUGCUAGGGGAAGUGGGUGGCAACAUAUAGGGGCAUAUGUUAACCUUGGGGCAUUUUAUCUUUGUGGAAUUCCAAUUGCUGCCAUAUUGGCUUUUUGGGAACUUCCAAUUUUUUGGGAAGUCAUGGGUGAUGGAGGUUAUUGGGUGAAGGUUGGAAUUCACUGGGUAAAUGUUGAGGAUAAUUUGUUAGGGAUGGCUUGUGCUUUGGAAACUCUAUGUGGGCAGGCAUAUGGAGCUCAACAAUACCAAAAACUGGGAACUCAAACUUACACUGCUAUUUUUUCCCUAGUCAUAUUUUGUCUUCCUCUCUCCAUAUUAUGGAUUUUUAUGGGAAAAAUACUCAUUUUCAUAGGCCAAGACCCUUUAAUUUCACAUGAAGUCGGUAAAUUCAUAACUUGGCUUGUUCCCGCCCUAUUUGCUUAUGCGAUUCUUCAACCGCUUGUUCGAUACUUCCAAAUGCAAAGUUUGACACUUCCCAUGCUUAUAAGCUCAUGUGUUACUCUUGCUUUCCUCAUACCUCUUUAUUGGGUUCUAGUGUUUAAGUCGGGAUUGGAUAACCUUGGAGGUGCAUUAGCAAUUGAUAUUUCGAUUUGGUUGAAUGUGAUCUUCCUCGUACUGUACAUGAAGUACUCUUCUUCUUGUGAAAAAACUCGGGUCCCAAUUUCCAUGGAGGUGUUACGGGGAGUUGGCGAGUUCUUCAGUUUUGCCAUUCCCUCCGCUGUUAUGAUUUGUCUUGCAUGGUGGUCAUUCGAGCUGCUUAUCUUGCUUUCUGGGCUUUUACCAAAUCCACAGCUUGAAACUUCUGUAUUGUCUGUGUGGUAUGUUCUUUAUCACAAUACUAGUUCAACUAAAAGAUUAAACUGGCUCAACUCUCUUUAUCAUAUCAUUGUGAAUGAAUUUGUGAAUUUAAAAGUGUGGGUCUCCAAUGUUACGGAAUUCACUAGAGUUUCAAAUGAAUUGGGAGCUGGGAAUCCACAAGGGGCUCGUGUAGCUGUAUUUGCCGUGAUGUUACUUGCCGUCGCAGAGACUACAGUAGUGAGUGCAACCCUGUUUGCCUGUAGGCGCAUCUUUGGCUACACCUUUAGCAACGAGAAAGAAGUCGUGGAUUAUGUCACGGCCAUGGCUCCUCUGGUUUGCUUAUCGGUUAUCAUGGAUAGCAUACAAGGAGUCCUCUCAGGUGUUGCUAGGGGAUGUGGGUGGCAACAUAUAGGGGCAUACGCCAACCUUGGGGCAUUCUAUCUUUGUGGAAUUCCUAUUGCUGCCAUAUUGGCUUUUUGGGUACAAUUAAGAGGAAAAGGCUUGUGGAUUGGAAUACAAGCUGGUGCUUUUGUUCAAACAAUCAUGCUUGCUAUAAUAACAAGAAGUACAAAUUGGGAUAAACAGGCAACUCAAGCAAGGCAGAGGAUAUUUGAUGGAAAAUCUUCAACAGAUGAUGGAUUAAAGUGAAUGUUGAUAUACUGCUAUUGAUGAAUUAGUAGUCUUUUAUAUCAUUAAAUUAAAGGAACCGUCACCAAAUUAAGAAAUGAGAUUUAUAGCCCAAUUCUUCUUCUUCUUCUUCUUCUUC